UGACCUUUUCGCCUCUUUCGUUUCGUGUAUCAUCAUCACUCUCAUUCCAAAUCCCUAAAUCUCGAGCUCGACGGAGGAGAUGGCACUGAGAACUGCAGUCCUUCGUCACCUUAGGGUUCCGGUGACGGGAUCGAACCAGUCUCAAAUUGGUUUCCUUGGUUCGAUCCGUGCUUUCUCGUCGCACGAUGAUCAUCUCAGCAAGCAGGAAGUCGUCGACAGAGUCCUCGACGUUGUCAAAUGCUUCCCUAAAGUCGAUCCAGCUAAGGUGACUCCUGAUGUUCAUUUCCAGAAGGAUUUGGGGUUAGAUAGUUUGGACACUGUGGAGAUAGUGAUGGCUAUUGAAGAGGAGUUCAAGCUUGAGAUCCCAGACAAAGAAGCUGACAAGAUCGACUCUUGCCCUCUUGCUAUUGAAUACGUUUUCAACCAUCCAAUGUCUAGCUAAAAACCCUGUGCUGUGCUGCUCUCUCCUUUUAUUUGUUUGUAUGAGGUUCUCUCUCAAGUUAUCUUUUGAAAAUUGGGAUUUUGCAAAUAAAUGCGAGCAUCCUUGUGACUCUUUCAUUUUCCAUAAAAGAAACCAUUUUGGCUUUUGAUUGUUUUGUAAUUCGACACUUUUUGAAGCUAAGGUUAUUUUGCGUUCUCUA